AUGUUAAGAAGGGCUCCAACAGCGGUGGACGCCAGAGUUGAUCACACCAACUUGACUCCGCUCAUGCUUGCUGCAGCCGGAUCGAAAAAGAAUACUGAUAUCAUCCGACAUCUGAAGGACAACGGAGCCCAGGUGAACGCACAGGACAACAAGGGAAGGACGCCAGUUAUGCAUGCCGCGAGUGCCGGCCGCCUCUUCAACCUCAAAUUCUUGCUGGACGAGCCCUCCGUCGAUAUUUCUAUCCGCGACGGAGAGGAAAAGACUACAGCCUUGAUGUACGCGGCAGAGUCUGGGAGCGCGAGCGGAGUAGAGCUGCUUCUGGCAGUCCCCGAUAUCGAUCCAAUGCUCAAGGAUCAAAAUGGGUGGACAGCUCUCACGUUUGCUGCGUGGAUGGGCUCCCUGGAUAUGGUCGAGCUCCUCCUGGAGGACCCAAGGGUUAUUAUGGCGCUGGAGCACGGGCCAUCGGAUGCUAUGAUUUCAAGUUCUAUCCCGGAUGGUAGAGGAGAAACUCAACGGCUGACGAACACAGACUUCGCACUGAAAGUGGCCUGCGAAAGAGAACAUCUUGGCGUUAUACACCGGCUCCUCAAAGAUGGACGCUUCGACCCCAACCUAUGCGACGAUGACGGGUAUACGCUGCUACACUAUGCGGUGGUUUAUGAAAGGGUGGAAGUUGCAGAGGUGUUCCUAGAGUACGGGGCCCGGACUGAUAUUUCCAACCACUCUGGCAAGACGGCGUUAGAUCUUGCAAAGGGAUCAGAACGGAUGAUCAAGAUCUUAGAGGAACCUAGAGAGAAGAAUUAG